GGGAAAUUCACUCCGACUUGUCAAGAAAAUUUCUCCAGCUGUGUGCACCGAAACCAAAACAAAACGUUUAGUGGUGAUCUUUCUAAUUUUUUAUAUUUAAAAUGCAGCUGAACGACAAUUUUGCUUGAAACGUUUGAAAUUCGAAGUUUUGCGAGGAGAAGAAGAAAACAAUCGCCGAAAUGAGGAGGUCGCACGCCAACCAAACUUAUUCAUUCCAACCAAACUCGCCGGUAGAGGAGGAAAAUGAGAGAAUGACUGACCAACUCAAAGACAAAAUCGGGUCACUCAGAACGCUCUGCAUUGACAUGGGAACUGAGGUCAAAUACCACAACAAACUGCUGACAGAGAUGGAUGAUGAUAUGGAAGGUUCGCGCGGCUUCAUUGGAAAGGCAAUGGAUCGAGUGAUUCGGCUGAGCAAAGGGAGCCACAACUACCACUUGGUCUAUCUAUUUCUGUUCUGCCUGUUCGUAUUUUUCCUGCUGUGGAUCAUUCUCAAAUUCAGAUGAUGGAUUUCGGCGACGCUCAAACUUGAAAUCACCUCAAGUUUAAUAAAUUACAUUCUAUUUAUAUAAAUUUAUUGAGAAAAAAAACUGCAUAUUAUUAA